GAUCUAAUAUUAUUGUGACCAUAUACAAACAUGAUUUUUAAUAUAAUCACAUACAUAUUUUAUUAAAUUGUGUUAGCAUCAUAAACAUAAGACGAUUGAAACAAUUUGUAAAUUCUCUCAAGGGGAAAAAUGAUUUCAAGGUUGAUUUCACUUUGAUUUGUUGCCGAUUGGGCUUUAGUUAUUGAUUAUUAUCUAGAAGAAGAAAAAAAUCAAAGAGAAAGAACAAACUUCAAAUAACCAGACCAUGCAAAUGUUAUUCAGUGUAUAUUGGGAAAAAAAACUGUGACAUGCGAUACAUUAUAUAAUAAGAUAAAACAUAUGGAGUGUAAUUGAUUUAAAGUAUUGAACUACUCAUGGUCAUUUGUUUAUUUUCGAUCGCAAUGUAUUAUUAAUAUAGUAUUGUGCAAAAACCAUGGAACCCUUGGAGACCGUUACCAUUACUAAUAAUUGUGGGUAUCUGUAUGACUUUGGUUGUUGUAGGUUUAGCAUUACGAUUAGGUUUACGUGUUGGAUUAAAUAAUGAUAGUAAAAAUUUAACUUUAAUCAUCUCGAAUAGUUUGACAUUAACGACAAUAAGAACUUCGACAAACAUGACAAUGACCAAUAGGACAGCAGCAACUACAGCAAAUUUAACAACAACUACUACUACGAUAACAACAACAACGAUAACAUCAACAAAGUCUACGACAACAACAACAACAACAACAUCUACAACGAUAACUCUGACAACAACAUUAUCGAUGACAAUAACAAUAAAGACAACAAUAACAACGAUAACAGCAACAAUAAUGUAG